AUGAAUGACUUAACAAAUCAUUUUAAAUUUAUGGCAAUUGCCUUAUUUGUUGGUUAUAAAGCUUUGCAAAAUAAUGAAACACCUGUAUCAUGUAUAGUAGUGAAAGGAGAUCAAGUUUUAAGUAUUGGAUAUAAUUAUACAAAUAUAUCAUUAAAUGGUACAAGACAUGCAGAAUUUUUAGCAUUAGAAAAAUUGAAAGGAAUAAACUACAACGAAUUAUCAUUAUAUGUUACAGUUGAACCUUGUAUAAUGUGUGCAUCAUAUUUAAGACAAUUAGGAAUUGGUAAAGUUAUUUAUGGAUGUGGAAAUGAUAGAUUUGGAGGAAAUGGAACUAUACUUUCAAUUCAUAAAGAUAUUAAUUUACCUAAUAAAACUUAUCAUAGUAUUGGAGGAAUAUGUAGGACUGAAGCAAUACAAUUAUUAAGAAAUUUUUAUAUUCAAGAAAAUGAAGCAGCUCCAAAUCCUAAAAUUAAGAAAAAUACAAAUUUAGAAGAAAAAGAUUACCCACAAAAUUCAUUUAAUUUAACAAAGGAAGAAUUUAUAGAAUUUUAUGGAAUUGAAAGAUUAAAAAUUUUCGAUGAAUUUUUGGAAAUAACUCCGGUUAUGGGGGAAGGUUAUUAUAUUAAAGAUUUGAUCCACAAAGAAGAAUUGAAGCAGAUACCAUAUCUUGAAGAGGAGUUGGGGAUUAUUGAUGAUGAUGAGAUAAAUGAGUUUAAUUCUUUAUUUUAUGAAAUUGGAGAUAAAGGUGAAGUGAAUAUUACAAGAAAAAUUGAUAAAUUCUCACAUAAAAAGAGAAGAAUCAGUUGA